AUGACUCGCAACUGCAAGCGACAGCAGAAAAACCCCAAAAGAACUUCAAUUGCCGUAGUAUUUCUUCCUCUUUGUCUGUAUUUCUUUGCCUCUUCAUAUUCAAGUUUGCCAGUAUUCGUGGCAGCAGCCACCCCCAUACAGCAGCAGCUGCAGCAGAAGGGUGUUUCGCCUCCAACGCCUGUUACCUAUUCGUAUCAGCCUGAGAAUGCAGCAGAAAACACGCAAACAAGAACAAGCAUUUUGUAUGGACUCCGCGGUGUACGUGCAUCUCAGUCGUUGUGUAAAGAGCUACAGACAACAGAGGAAGCAGAAGAGGGAUACAGAGAAGAACCCGCAACAAAAGAUAUUGAAUUGCCAGUAAUUAACCAAGAACAAAGCUCAGCGUUGCAGCACAGCACACCACCAGCAUCCAAUGGAGAUGAAUAUGAAUAUCCUUCACUUUCAAACGGCGAAACGAGAGAAUUACUGCUUACAUCAGCAGACGAAGAUUCAAGUUUCCUUGGGCCUACUGAGAGUAGUAUAUCGCCACAGACGGCUGUUUCAGCUGUACAUACACCUGAAACUUCCUCACUUGAACCUCCCCCAGCCACACACCGCCAGCUGCAGCGCUUCGAUCCCGCUCAGCUAGGCCCAGCAGCACAGUACGCGCAGUACCUGACGACGUUUUUGCCGGGGCAGCAGCAGCAGCAGCAGCUGGAGCAGCUACAGCAGCUGCAGCAACUGCAGCAGCUACUCUCUGGGUCCGGGCGAGGGGGUUCUACUCCUGCUGCCUUGAAAAAGGUGCAGAGACGUGCACAGGCAGCAGCAUAUGCAAAUUCAAUUACAUCUCAUCCUCUGUUGCAGGGGUUACUCAGAACAGCUCUCACUACAGUAGCAGAAACACUGCAGAGUGUUUCUCUAGCGGAUGUUGUACAGAGCGCGGUGCCUAUACCACCGCCCCUGAUUAGAUAA